UGGAAAUAAUACCUAUUCAAUACUCCCUAAUACAUGCCUAGAUAUCCAAUUGCAUUGCGUGCCAGGGCCGCCGGGGGUAGGCUUGGUAAAGUGCUAAAUUGUGUCCACUUUGGAGGCUUCAAACAAUACCUACCACCCUUAGCUACCUAACUCAAUUCUAUGCUAACAGUAUAGCGUCAUCCAUAUCGAACCGAGGCACUUGUUGUGAGUGAUCUAUCGGUAUCCUGCCAUUCCUAACUCAAGAUGCCCCUAUCCAAGUUCGUUCAUUGUGUUGGAAGCCCAUCUUUCAAUCCAGAUGAACUCAUUGAAGAUGUCGACCGUCAGAGAGAGGCUGUGGACCACCUGUUGAAGAAUGAUCUCUUCAACGCCAGUCGAGUGCUUUUCCAACUCCCUGAUCCGGAUCCCUAUACAUACCAUGCCGUGGCAAGUGUAAAACUUGCCCAAGUCCAGUCAGUAGUCAACCUUGGAGGUGUCAAUGGUUUACACGCGUGGUAUCGCAAUGAGGAUGGCUCACCUAGAGGACCACCUCCCCAAGCUGAUAUCGAAGCAUACACCUCUAUCUUCAGACCAUCAACAGCUACUGCUGCAUUUCUCAAGAAUCUAGGAACAAAUGCUAAGAAAGAUUCCAUAAGGCGUGAAGUCGCAGCCAACCUUGAGAGCAAGCGAUAUCUGCACCCUGGGCUUGUAACGAAACUCACAAUCCCCAAGAGCAAAAAACCGCCCAGCGCAAAUCCCUAUCUCGACUUCUGGAUGUGGUCAUGUCACUCUCUUGAAUGGUGCGGCCCUUGCCCGGCAUCAGAACGUGUGCCGAUGUCCCACCAUGUUCUUCCAAUUUUCAUGCAUCACUUUGGCUGCGCAACGCCAACCCACGAGAGCCUGGCUAUCCUGAAAAUUCUGUCUGACGGGCGCCCAAUCGUCGACAUCGGUUCUGGCAAUGGUUAUUGGUCCUAUAUGCUCCGACGCUACGGCCUCACAGUGCAUGCGGUGGAUAACAUGCAGAGCGAAUGGAGAGUCAACUGGGUAAACGACACUGCCAUAUCGGACGGCGUGAAGUGGUUACGCAAGAACUCCAACGGUGAAGGCAUGGUACUCCUGCUUGUGUAUCCUGUUGUUGGUGGAGGUGUUGGUGGCGGCAGUGAGGGAGGAUUUACGCGGAACCUGGUUUCUGCCUUUGGCGGCGACACUAUCGCAGUUGUGGGCACGCAGAAUAGGAACGGUUACACAGGAUUCAAGGGAGUUACCAUGGAUGAGUUCAUGGCGAAGGAGCAUGAGGACUGGACUAUGGUAGUAAAGAUAGCAUUGCCGUCCUUUCCUGGGAAGGACGAAGCACUAUAUGUCUUCCAGCGGGGCGAACGAGUGCCGCAAGAAUAGAUUCAGAUGAUUUCAGAUGAUUGAGGGCCAUGAUAGGAAGUUCCAUUUCUCAAGACAAAUGUUUCUACUCAAC